AUGCGCAUUGAGGAGGGCGAGAUGAGUAGCCGCCGCCGCCGCCGCCGCCACCCCCUCUCGCCGGCGGCGGCGCCCCUGGAUGAUGACGACCUGCUCUCCGAGAUCCUCCUCCGCCUCCCCCCGCAGCCGUCCUCCCUCCCUCGCGCCUCUCUCGUCUGCAGGCGCUGGCGCGUCCUCGUCUCCGACCCUCGCUUCGCCCGCCGCUUCCGCCUCCACCACCGCCGCAACCCUCCCCUACUCGGCUUCCUUCACAUAGGCUUUCGCACUCGCGAGCUCUCCUUCCUGCCUGCUCUGGAGCCCCCCAAUCGUGUCCCGCCCGGGCGCUUCUCUUUGAAGUUCGGCGGCGACGGCGACCCCUUCGCGCUCCUCGGAUGCCGCCAUGGCCUGGUACUCGUCUACCACGCGUCUUGUAAACAGAUCCUGGUGUGGGAUCCUGUCACCGCCGACCAGCACCGGAUUGCCGUCCCACCAAGGUUUGCGAGAGAUGAUGUGAUCAGUGGGGCGGUGCUUCGUGCUGCCGGAGAUGCCCAACACUUUCAUGUAGCCUUGACAGUGUUAGACGACGAGGACAAACAACAAAGACGAGCUCUCGCAUGUGUGUACUCGUCAGAGACUGGAUUAUGGGGUGAUCUCGUCUCGACACUGCUUCCAUGCGAGGCUUCAGCGAGCAUGCGGCUUAUUUCAUGUAAGGCCGCUGUGCUGGUUCGGAAUUCUCUUUACUGGGUGCUUUUUGGGAAUUUGGAUGGAUUUCUGGAGUUUGAUUUGGAGAGGCAGGUCCUAGCUGUGAUACGGAUGCCAAUGGAUUUGGUUGCCAAGGGAAGUUAUGAUAUCUGCGUGAUGCAGGCAGAGGAUGGUGGUCUUGGUUUAUUCUGUGUGCUGCAGUUGGACUACAUUGCCCAAUUAUGGAAGAGGAAAACUGAUUGUCAUGGUGUUGCUUCAUGGGUGCUAGGAAGAACUAUUGAACUGGACAAGCUAAUUCCCAUGAAUUUACCUGAGAAAAUGCCCGUUGUGAUACUGGGAUUUGCUGAGGACAAUAAUGGGGUGUGCCUGUGGACACCAUCUGUCUUCUUUAUGGUCCAUCUCGAGUCAUUGCAGUCCAAGAAACUUUUAGAAGCCAACUUCUUUUUUGUUUGUCGCCCAUUCGAAAGUGUCUACACUGCAGAAACAGACAUUGGUGGUGGACACGAUGGGGCUGGUCUUUUGCAGAAUACAUAA